UACAUACAAGUUCAUGGUGCUCCGGUUAUUAUGCUCGACACCUUGGCUAGCCCAGGUUAUACGCUCACGAACCGCUUCAACAAAGUCGACGUGCGGCAACUGCACCAACUAUUCUGCAAAGCCAACUGUUUCUGCCCCAUUUACUAUAAGGAAUUCACAACACAGAACGAUGUGCCGUAUGGCGGAUGCUACAGGAAAUCCACGCUUCCAGCAAUUCACAGUCUCGCUCAACGAAGCUGUAAUCGACACUACGAUGGCGUUAUUGCUACAGUGCGCACCAGAGAAAAAAUGGAAUUCCUUACCCAAUAUUGGCGAUAUGCAUAUGUGAACUACUGCAUCGCUCGGAAGAUAAGAUCUGAUGCUAUAGUGAAUCAGAAUCGGAAGGGUUUCCCAAUUCAUAUGGAUGUUUUCAAGGUUAUUGCACAGAUCGUUUUAUCUACAAGCUUUGCCGUUGUCGUUCCGUGUGCAAGGGAAAAGAAGACAACAAUCAAACCGGUUUCAGCGGCUGCUGAGGUGAAGGUAAUGCCCGCCCAACUGCGACAAAUCAUGGAAGCGGAACAGAUGGCAAAAGCAUCAAAGGGCUAUGACAGCUACGAUGUCGAGCUGGACGAUUCUGACUUGCCGAAAUAA